AUGCUGAGUGUGAAGGACUAUAGCAUCCGGCGAGGUGUUGAGUACAGAGUCAUCGAAUCAGAUCAUCUGAAGUAUCAUGGAAAAUGCAAGCAAUUUGGCAAGGAUUGUACUUGGUUGAUUCGCAUUGCGCUGCGUGCACGAAAGGGCACUUGGGAGGUUAGGAGGUACAACGGGCCACACACAUGCUUGGCAACCUCUAUUUCCAGUGAUCACCGUCAGCUGGAUUACCACGUUAUCUGUGCGAGGAUUCUUCCGUUGGUUAGGACAGAUGCUACAGUUACGGUAAAGGUACUGCAACAAGCUACAGAAGCCGAUUAUGGUUUCAGGCCUAGUUACAGGAAGGUUUGGCUGGCGAAGCAGAAGGCAGUGGCACAAAUAUAUGGAGAUUGGGAAGAGUCAUACGCGGAGUUGCCACGUUGGAUGCUAGGAGUACAGUCAACAAUGGCCGGAACAAUAACCGUGUUGAAGACCUCUCCUGUUCGGCUUCAUGGUGAGGUUGAUGAGUCGACGGUGUACUUUCACCGAUUAUUCUGGACAUUCCCACCCUGUAUCGAGGCAUUUCGUCAUUGCAAGCCCCUCGUCAGUAUUGACGGGACCCACUUGUAUGGCAAGUAUGGAGGGACGCUCUUGUUGGCGAUAGCGCAGGAUGGGAACUCCAACAUCCUCCCCAUUGCAUUUGCCCUUGUGGAAGCAGAAAAUGCAGAGUCGUGGUCAUUCUUCUUGUCCAACCUACGAGAGCAUGUGACUCCUCAGGAUGGUAUCCUUGUAAUCUCUGACAGGCAUAACGGGAUCAAGGCAGCACUUGAGGCUCCUGAGACUGGGUGGCUGCCUCCACGUGCUUUCCGAGCGUACUGUAUUCGGCAUGUGACAGCGAAUUUUGCCCUAACUUUCAAAGGUAAAGAUUCAAGGAGGAUGUUAGUGAAUGCUGCCUACGCAAAGACUGAAGCAGAGUUUUAUUACUGGUUUGACAUCAUGCGGACUGAGAAUCCAGCAAUGUGUGAAUGGGCCAAUCGGAUGGAGUACGACAAAUAG